AUGGGUUUCGAUUCAUUGGAGGACCGUCUCAUCCGUGUUUUCGGUCAAUGGGGAAUGAUAGAAGAUGGAGUUGAUUCCGAUACUGGCAAUGCCGAUAGUCAACUGGCUUCUGAGAUGUCGGACCUAAGUCAUCCUCCGGUGAGUGGUUCAGGGAAGACCAAACUGCUGAAGGAGAUAUCCGAGCUGGCUGACGCCUUCGUGGGCAUGCAGGCGAUUUCUGCUAGCCAUUCAGUGCGCUAUCUCAACUACAUCAUGGUAGCACUGUUUGAACUGAUCAGCCAUGAUGACCAAGACAUCCGCGUAGCAGCGGACGAAGCCAUCAACAAAAUAGCAAAGGUGCGUGCACGCGACUUUCAGAUCAUUGAUCGUCCCCGUAUGUAUUAAUUUUGCCUCCAGUUUUUGGUCUUUGCCAGUUGUCUUAAAAUGAAUGCUGAAAUAAGUUGAAAACAGCCCAGUGCAAAAGGCGGAGUUUGGCCUAACCGUUUAUGCACCGGGACAGGCCCAGCUGGCAGUUGACACCAUUCAGGACAUAUGGGAGGAGUAGGCAUUCCAUUCUGUCUCAUUUCCUUUGCUGCGAAGGCCUUCGCUGUUGUCGUUGUCAGGCGUUUUCAGGACGUUCACGACUUGAGGACGAGAGUAAACCAAGCCAGGCUUCGAGCUGUGUGUACCACUUCGUGGUUAUAGUGGAACGGCAAUCGCACUCGGUAAUUAACAGCACGCGAAUGGCAAGAGCAGUCCUGCAAGACAGGCCAUGCAUCCUACGCAUGAAAUAAUCGCCAAACUGGAUUCAGACGACUUCAGAAAGCCCCUAAGAUCGGUCCAUCGUAGUCUGCGAAAGAGGGUCAAGAAUGUUGAUCGUCUGCCUCACGGGUGUCACCUUAGUUGCUCUCUCCAUACCCCUCCGGUUAAACGCACGUCCACAGUACAAAAAAUGGGUUGAUACGGAUAUUGUGGAAACUUUGACCUGGUUGUCUCACGAUUAGACUUGGCAUAUACUGCAGAGCUCCCAGUUUUUGGUCUUUGUUAAUUGUCUUCAAAAAUUAAUACUGAAAUAAGUUGAGAACAGCCCAGUGCAGAAGGCGGGAGUGCGGCCUAACUGUUUAUGCACCGGGAUAGGCCCAGCUAGCAGUUGACACCAUUCAGGACAUGUGGGAGGAGUAGGUAUUCCAUUCUGUCUCAUUUCCUUUGCUGCGAAGGCCUUCGCUGUUGUCAUUGUCAGGCGAUUUCAGGACGUACGUGACUUGAGGACGAGAGAAAACCAAGCCAGGUUUCGAGCUGGACGUGGGUAAGUCGACCAGCCAUUCAUAGUGCAACACAUGCCUAGAUUCCGUUAGGGCUAUCAGCAGCCGACGGCCGUAUAAUUUGCUGACUUUGCCGCAGUGUUUAAUCCAGUACAUAGUGAACCCUUGUGAUGAAUAAUGGAUUUAGACGUUACGCCGACGAAAUAGUCGCAGGAUUGGAGCCUACUCUCAUGGCAGUACUGCGCGUUCCCACAACAGUAUGUCCUAAGUUUGUGUCCUGCAGCCAAUCCUGCUCAACUGCGCUAUUUACUGGACUUUUGGAAGGCUCCUGCAUCACCUUGGUGUUUGAGUUGCCCUCGCGCGCCGGUUGACCUUGACUUCGCCGAUGACAUCGCCCUGCUAUGUAUUGUCGCCGACAAAUUAAGUCUCAAAAUCGGUUGGUUUGUCCAUAAGCGGUGAGAAAACUAGGGUGUUUUCGGACCCGCACCGCUGACCAUCCCUAGAAAGCGUUUAUGGAUCAGGCCCGCAUGUACCGUGCGAAAAUGGAGUAACUUGACCCCCCGAGGGAUAUAAACCGGCUUAGUCUCAAACGAGACAGUCCGCAUUCACUGCGAAAACAUCGUGAGGCAUUCUCAGACCAUCCAAGAAAAACGACUGAGGUGGCUUGGACACAUUCUUCGCCGUACGCCUCACGAGCUCGGUCUUUCUGCUCUAGAUCCGGCAGCGUUGAUCACCUGGAGGCGUCGAUGAGGAUACCAACUCAAAACUGGGCUGAACACAGCUCACCGAGAUAUGAAAGUGUUUUUUGGGAUUUUUUAUAUUUGGUCUCUGUCGCUGAAGAAGUGGACGGGUCGAGCUCUUACAGAUCCUUUGCUGCAGGUCGUCAGGUGCUGAGAGGUACAAUUCGCGACAUCAUCGAGACCGGCUACGUCGGGCAUUGUCACUAACUAAAAAUGCCAGUUUCGUUUUGCCCGGAAAUUCACAUCUCUGUCAAAUCGGUGGACAGAGCGUGAGUACACGAUUUAGAUUGUGGUACAUCAAGUUCAAGUGCAAACUGGAUCGGGGAUCUGGUCUUCCCAGCCCGCGUUUGGGUUCUGGCGCUGACAACUAAACCAGAAGUGGUUACUCAAGUUACUGGGGUGAAGAACAAAGGAGAGCGGCCCUCGCACUUAUUUGCCAUCGGCCGCAAAGCCAAGCAUCCUAUAAUCGAGCCAUGAGAUCGUAUCCUAUCGGCUGUCAUGCUGGAGUUGCGUUAACUGCUAUAUCCGAACUAGAGGACGAACUCUACGCGUAGCCAAACUACUGUUUUCCUCAGUCAAGCCUAUACGGUGGUCGGCAUAUCAACCCACCAACGCCUUCUCAGCAACUGACCAUCAAAGGAAGCUUGUGUGUUUUCUUUUCAGCUUUCGGAUGUCUACCUAACACAGCACGUUAUCUGCGAAUUUUUCAUUGAAAUGAAGCGAAACCGGUCCAAACGAGCACUGGCUGUCGCAAUGAAAAAAUUUUCGGCCUGCAUACACAGAGUUAAUCCAAAGAAACGGAGGUACGUUCUGUUUGCCCUUUUUGUCGUUGUCACCUGUAAGCCGUCGGACUAAUUUACCGGCUGAACCACAAACUAGUGAAACUUUUGACAAAAUCCCGAAAUUUGCUUUGCACUGAAACAAUUACUUUGGUUUUUGCAUAUGCAAUAACUUGCGGGCUUUUGACUGGCCAUUUUUGCUUGUACGCACGGCAACCAAAACUGGAAGGGAUUUACUUCGCAGAACUUGUAGUGCAGCGCAUUUACUCAUCCUCUUAUUUGCCCAUUUCGAGCAGUGCCUAUCCGCUUACGUUUUGUCUUCUGCAAGCAUCUUCCCGGUUGUUUGUAUGGUUGGUCAUUUUCAUGUGCCGACGAAUCGGAGGGAUUAAAUAACCUAUGCAUGUAUGCUUUAUUUCACGCGCGGAGCCUGUCAUCUGGACGUCUUCCCGACGACUGAUGAGCCGCGUGGGAGGUGGAGGUGAAAUUAUCCGGCUUUCUGUUCCCACAUGUACUCUAUCAUUCAACAUCGGAGCAAGUGACAUGAAGUGCAUGCGUCGAUCCGACGUCGGCAUCGUAUGUUAUCUGUUCAGGAGGCUAAAAAGUUUAAUGGUGCCCCCGGCCGCAGUGGUCGUGAUAUUCUUCGAAGCCUGGCUUUGGGCGCGUUCAGAGGGGCUGCGAAGUAGGUUGGCUUCCACUUGAUUUACACCAGCGGACAGCUAUGAUCAUUCACCCAGGAAUCCCUGUAUUUACCUCCAGCCCAUGCUGGAAAGAAAAGGAUGACUGGAAUGACCACUUACGGUUUAUUUCCCGUCAGGGGUUGAGCCACGAGUUCACGCUCUGGUUCUACCGAACUUGUGGCGGCUCAUUGUCGAUGAUGCAAGCAAGCAAACCUACCCGAACUGUGGUAGAGAGGCGCUCACCGAUCGCGUUACGGAGCUCACUCAGUGGUUAGAGGCGUUUGACGCGGGAUCGAGCCGCAGGCGCUCUACACUUCGGGUUUGAUAGGACUGGCUGACGGCGGCUAAUGAGCCAGAAAUGGCCAUUCCAGUCUCCCUGGUCUUUGUCUUUAAUGCCAUUUUGCCUGUACUACUCGCCGCUGUGCAACUGCUAGUUGAGCUCGAGAGAGAGAGUCCUAAGGCACAACGGGACGAGUGAGUUCCGUAAGAGCGAUCGGUGAGCGCCCCUCUACCAUUGUAUGUUCCCGAUCGAAAUCCACAGGACAACGACCUCUUGGCUCAGUGGUUAGAGAUGUUGGACUUCUAACCAACAGGUCGCGGGAUCGAGCCACAGGCGUUCCACACUUUGGGGGUUGGGUACAAUUGGCCAUUCCAGUCCGCCUUGUCUUUGUGGGUAAUGUUAUUUCACCCGAACUAUUUUGGUCUUCUUUGUCGUCGUCGUCGACAAAAGUCCACCACUGAUGCCUUCUCAUCACAAUGAGACCCUCUUUGAGGGUUCAAGGUCGAAACUCCACGCGACACCAACCCAACGUGAUUCUUCAUGCACUCGAGUCAGAUCACUGGAGACUGAGUACCCCCAGUAUCUCAUCAUCUAACCGAGGCCAGCAACGGCCCACCUCCUUCUGAUGCCUCUGAAGAUCUCUACACACUGACUACAUUCAGCAACAGUUUUGAACUGGUUUUUGCGUGAAAUCAGCAAGACUCUAGUGCUUCCAUGCGUUUGUCUGUGAUAACUUCUUAACCAGCAAUGUUCCCUGUUAUCCCACGUCUUUACAGAAUGUACGCAAUCAACCUUUUGCCAGUUUUGAGAAGCAUAUUCGAACGCGAUGAAGAACUAGUGUGGGAAACCCUGGCAUCAUCGGUUCCACUCAUUGCGGAAUAUAUUUUUCCCCACGCCAGCCCACUAGAACUCAGCAGCGUAAGUUCUUCCCACCGUUCGAUAUUUUACUUCACAGAAACCUCCACUGAGCUAUAAUAAGUAGUAUUUUUGACAGAACACUUUCUACUGUGAGUUCACUUGGCCCUCUUCCCUCUUAGCUUCUCCUGAAGAGUUUACUGGUAAAACUGGAAUCUGGGAAGAAUUACAUCCGCAGAGCAGCGGCAGAUAUUAUCGUUUCGGCGGUGAUUCAUUCACGUCUGCCUCGAGAGCUCUCGUAUCGUCUCCUGCAACAACUGGCGGGUAAGAGGCUUACGCAGGCGGAUUCUUGACUGUUGGUACAUUUCCUUUGAAAUGACACAGCCCGCCUGACGUACAUUUCGCCUUUAACAAAGAGCACUCUUUUAAUCACUAUCGAUAUUAAAUACGCAAGUGACCUUUGUAUCUGGCGUUUAAGCAGCGCAUUCCGCUUAAUUGUACUCCUUUUUUCUGCUGCCAAAUCACCCCUGGUACUAAAGUCUCUAAGGCUUAUUUACGAUUCAUAAUAUCCGUUUCAAACAUUCCGCACUCUUCAUAGUCUUUUGUCGGGUAGGGCAGACCCCUCCUACCUUGUUUAAAUGCAUUGAGGUCGUGGUUCAUGCGGUAUGCUUUUAGUGAAGGCCUUCACCUUCGAGCGCCGCAAAUUUCCGCUUUUGGGAUUUUACAGUAAAAUGCUACCUUGCGGAAACGGGGUUAUGCAUAACCUCAUACACAUUGGAUAUCCUUGGUAUGCGUUCUGUGAACUCGUAAAUGUCCACACUUUCAUUCACGCUUGUCGUUAGCCAUGGGCUAGUUUUUUUGUAAAGAACGAAAGAGCGGCCACGCGCCCUACUGGCCCCUUCAUAGAAGUGCCUGUGUGUCGAUCCAACUAAAGAGUGUCUGGGCGCAGUCGCGUUUGCGCGAUAGUGGACGGUUAAUUUGGUAAUAAAGGAUCUUUGCGGUGUUUGUGGUUCUUCGGAAGACACCACUCUAGAGGACCAAUAAGAAGACGGGCAGACGGGCCUAUCAUAAGCAAGCCAGGAAGACUCAUUUGAACUCCGUAUCUUCAAUAUCCCCGUUCGUCUGAUGUGCGCUCAAACAAAAAAUCGAGAAGCUAGAUGAGUAGACUGUUUACCCCAGUGAUCGCCUUCCCUUCUCCCAGCCAUGUAUGUACAUAUCCUGCAAUAAACGAAACCUCAGUCGCAGUCUCAGCAAAAUCUUUCUUAUUUGAAACAACUGUUUAAGUGCAGUUGCAGAAUUAAGGAGCAUGACGCGUGAUCUCUGGUUAAUGUAUACGCUGUGGAAAGUUGUCUUCCGAUGCAGAUUUUUUCAUCCGCCCGUACCCACCUGGUUCAAAACAAACGUGCUAAACAGUAAGAAAAGUACUGUAGACGGUUGGACCGACUGUUUCUGGCUCACACGCCUUCACCAGCCAGACCUGCUCCAACCCCAAUUCGAGAACACCUGUGAUCUGGACUUGGGUGCACUUGGUACUUAAGCAUUUUAUUGAGACACUCUUCUCUGUCGGCAUUCCCCCAGUACCUCUUGGCACGUAUUACCGAGAGUUGACAAAAAGGCCACGUUAUCACGAAGUCAUAGUAACCUAGCUUUGAAUCCCGUGGACCGAGUCUGGUCAGCUGACAAACACCUAAAGCACGACCUUUGGUGCGACGUUAUGGUCCAGAGCACACAGGACUUAUUGUUAGUGUAGAAAGGUGAGCAAAAUCACCUCAAGUCUUCCCCGGUUUCAUAAUGAACCAAUUACUGUCCGCGAAAACUGGGCGUGAGAUAUGGGGCGGUGGCUUAGGCGAAGAGAAGGCCUCUGUGUGUGCUAGACGCACUCGCUUUCCGAUUCCCCGUUUGGUUCACGAAAUACUCUCACCUUUUGAAAGAGCGGAGCGCUAUGUCGGUUUGAUUCUUACUGUCGGGCGUCCUUUUAGUGGGUGAACAUUUCCCAGAAACUUUGUUGCCUCUCCCCAUAAUUUCUUCCUUUGCCCUUUUCCCUUCAGCUCGAAUUUUCUCGUUAAAACAACAGUUCUUUUUGAAAUCCGGGCCUCCCACUGGUGGAAAUUCCGCUGCCGUCGGUGCUGGAAUCUCACUGUUCGAAGUUGCAACCCGUUUGCAGGGCUGUCUCUUAGCAUUGAGGAAUCUAGCACGUUCGCUGGCCGAGUUGCCCCCGGCCACUUCUCAUCUCGCAGAAGGAACCGCCGGACGCAGCCAUCUGUCGUCUACAGCUCUGGUGCGGUUAACCCCACCAGAUGCCUGUGACAGAAGCGUCGAGAGUAAGAUAACAUAUAAUUGUGCUACUUGUUAUUUACUAGUAGCAUGAAUAUUUCACAUUGUAUAUUUGUUCCCUCUCUUGACGCAGGUGGCCUCUCGAGAGACUCACAGAAGAAGGCAAACGCCCCUGCGACCGCCUUUCAUCUCAUUUGUCUGCCGGAUUCCGUACGCUCUUUUAUGGAGGACUGGUCUGAGCCGAGUCUGGAGACCUGGUGGUGGACUGUAGUGUGGAUGGAAUGCCUUGAACUCUCCUGUCUCCUCUACCCGGCGUCGGACGAAAAGACUGCUGUCGCGAGUGCCUCUCUCGUCUCUACUGCCGCCUUAGAGUGCCUGCUUACCAUCGGUCUGCCUGCGUGCCUUGGAGAUGGUGCCUCAGGGGUUCUGCCGUCCAACUUUUGUAGCGUACUGCAGGUUUUCUUCAAAAAUGGCCCCUCUGCUGCUCUGCCCAUCGACGAUCUCGCCGCCGCCACUCCCCGUGCGUAUCCCGUCAGGAUAUUUUGACCGCUUUUUUCCCCUGAAAGAACUAUCGAAAGUUUCCGUUUUAUUGUGGAGGCAUUUUCUGGGGCUGGAAAAGAGAACAAAUUGUUGCAAAGAAAGGGGAGGGAGGGAGGGGGGGGGAAACCGGAAUGACCGUUUCCAGCUUACUUACCGUCAUCCGUCGGCUACGCACCUGCACCGGCAGGCUGAACAGAUCCUGGGUUUGAACUGACGCACAGUCUCACUCAGCAUGCUGUUAACUUCCACAAGAAUUGAUGUCUACCAAUUUGUAAUCGAAAAGUCUUGCCCACAGUGAUAAGGGAGACUGGACUGGUCAUUUGUGGUUUAGUUACCGCCAUUAGUUGGCCGUGGCUGGACUUAAUCAUGUCGGGGGAAUGUGGGAUACGGGGAUUUUUUGGACGCAUCGCCACUCUGUCAUAAUCUCACCCUCAGCAUACGAGGUGUCGUCACGGCGUUUUGUAGUUACUGUGUCUUCUGACCGACUCUGUCGUUAAUUAUUGUCCACAAUAGAAAUCGAAAUUUAAGGCAGUUAAAACUCACAUAUUGGACGUUAAGAUCCCUGCAUUUGGCGCCCUGAAAGUAAACGGAAGGUAUCCACUGUUACUGUCGGAAGGUCUCCACGUCAGACAAAGGUUCUCACACCAAGUGAAGUACUGCACUUCAAUCGGUAGGCGUGUGCAUAUUCCUCAGGCGGACCUCGAUAGGUCACGUUCUCAGCUAACUGGUCUGUGUUUUAAGCACUGAAUGAGCGUCUUCUUUAGCAGUAAGCCCCAAUGUGGAGGCGAAUGAGGUGUGCGGCCAAUGAAGUCAACCAUACUGCUGCCAAUCCGUUCCCCUUUCCCCCAGGAGCGGGGAACAUUCGCCAAAUCUGUGGCACAUUUGUCUGAAACUGUUUUACAACCAGCCUCUGGGCUCGCCCCACUUUCAACAGUCAUAGUCCCAUCCAUUCUGUUUUCGUUACCUGUCCUUUCUCGAAAGUCCUCUAUCGCUGUGCCUUUGUCCGGGCAUUGUCUCCCCAUCUGAUGUACGACUAAGUCUCCUCCCUCUUUCGGUCAUUUCCGAGGCCUUUUUUAACUCUGCUUCCUCGCCCCUUUUUUCAGAAUCCACCGGAGGCUCUGAAACUCUGGACCCAGAGAACUUAUCGAUAACCGAUCUGGAGGGCAUUGGAACGGCGGCUGAACAACGAACCAGGGAUCCCAGCAGAACGACGACGACAACGGAAGAUGAGAAGGAGCACCCGAAACCGGUUGUACUGCUUCGGACGACGCUUCUAGCUAAUGCCGCAGCAUCGGAACCACCCACGGAGGGCGAACGACGAAAUUUUAAGCGCCAACUAACACCGGCCUCUGAACUUUCGGCGCAGAACUCAGCAGGUAGUACACAUCAGCCAUCGUAAUUCAGUUUGUUUUGUAGGCAGGCGUGCUUUGGUGGUAAACGCUAGGGUGUAUUCCGAGUCGUCCGACGAGUCCAAUCUUAACCCUAAAUGCUAAUUAGUAGUAGAACAGUUUGGGUUGCUGUUGAGCAGGAGUUGAUCGCUGCCAAUCGUUGCGUUCUAGACGAAAUUCGGGCUGCAAUGCUACGCCGAACGCUCCAUUCAUUUGAUCCCAGUUAAGCAGUUAGAGUACCCCGAGCGCUACAAUUAUCAGGUCAAAGCCCCCUGUUGUAGGAAACGACACCAGAAUGGCGGGGCUAACGUUGAUUGUAUCCAGUUAUGCCUGUGAGACAGGGGUGGUAGCUGCUUUUGUAGGUUUGUGGGGCAAGUCUGGGUGGCGUCCAUUUGAUGUGCGUGUGUGUGUGUGUGUGUGUUGCAUUUGUCAUCGAGGGGCUGUAUGUUCAAGUGGCACUGUGGACGCGUGUGCGUUCGAGUUUAAAUCGAUCGAGUGGCUGCAAGUUAGUGCGUCUGGAACCGCUCUCUGCGAAAGUGGAUGACCUUAAGGCAACGGGGCCUUGAAUCGGGACGCCAAACAGCCACCAUGAAUGACGGCAGCACCACUCUGGAAUCCUGGGGGCCACAGUUGUAAGCAAGUCGGCAUAUUUCGAUCAUUUGAUGGACGGGGUCGGACAGGUUCGCGUGUUGAAACAAGUUUGAUCCGAGGGGUGAGGUUGGAUGUGCAGAACUAGACAUGGAGAUGUCCAACUGGAGCCCUCCCAACCCAGAACGAGUGUUCCCAGUCCGGACACAUGUUUAGCGAUUAGCCAACGUUUGCGCUGUGCCGUGGCGUAUUGUUCAUGUUGUUGUUGAUGAUGAUGAUGCUUGUGGUUGUGGUGAUGGUGGUGGUGGUGCUGUUGCUGCUUCGACCAACACGCAGUUGACCGUGUGAGCCCCGAAUGAGGUUUGACAGUGACCAGUCAUUGGUUUUCCACUUUUGCUCACUUUACGACUUUUCUCCGCCUUCUAUAUUACGUUGGCCUCAGAGAUUGUUGUGUCAGUCUUUGCGACAUUUAGUUCUACCUGCCCAUCCUGUGCCAGGAUCCCUGUGAUGUCUGGUCGACCUCGACACAUUCUAGUGUGAUUUUGAAGAUGCCCUGGAAGCGUUUCUCCGGUCCCUCAUCCGCCUUGUUGGCAAGAACCUGUGGCAGUCGUUGCGACUGAUGCUGUGCUCACCAAGACAAUAUAAUUGACAGUUGCGAGUCCAAGUGUGGACCCGAGUUUCACGGCUGCUGUGACAAACGUUUCAUCCACUCGGUGUCACAGAGGUAGACCGACGGACGUUGUCUGUUCGUUGUUGGGUUGGUUUCUGUGAAAUAGAGUAGCUUCGUGGGUUUGAGGACUGUGAGCUGUGAUUGCUCGGAUUGGUCCGAGAGGCGGUUUUAGUUGCGUGACGAUGGACGCAGACAUGUCCAGCCAGGCUACGCUGUGAGUUAACCAUCAAGACUCGCCGGAAGUGUGGGCCACCUAUUUUUCACGUGUGCUCGCCUACCUAGGUGUCUGGACAUGUUCAAACUUGCUGCCCUCCCAGCACUGCAAAAGAGCCGUUCAAAAGGCAACCAGCAUCAUGCACUGGAUUAGGCGUGCCUUCAAAAUCUUUCCUCCAGAACUCUUCUCACAGAUAUUCGGCACAUUCGUCAGACCGCAUUUGGAAUACGGCAUGUCAUCAUGGAUGCCCUGGAUGAAGAAAGAGUGAUGCCAUAGAGCAGGUGCAACGAUGGGCCACAAAACUGGUGGACGGUCUCAGGACUCUGUCAUACCCAGAAAGACUGAUCUAGCUAAACUUGUUCCCCCUAUCCUGUAGACGAAUGAAGUGUGACCUGUUAUGGACAUUCCGCAUUAUCAAUGGGCAUGAAUGCUCGCUCAAAUCCGAAGAUUUCUUUGAAUUCACGACCAUGAGUCAGCUGCGCAGUCAUCCGUACAAAGUCAAGCGGGAGCGUACACGUUUAGACCAUCGGAAGUUUUCCUUCAGCCAGCGUGUUUUUCGACCGUGGAACUCACUCCCAAGUGAAAUAGUGAUAUCUGAUGCGAUGGCUGUAUUCAAAAGGCAGCUGAAUCGUUUGAUCUUUGAUAAACGGCGACUCUCAUUGCAGGACUAUCUGCGGCCAGCCAUAAAUUUCAAUUCUUGUUUUCAUCCCUAUGCUACACAUCCCUGACGUUUAAUGAGAUUUUCCCUAUCAAACUACGCAAAUGACUGCACUUUGUCCUGAUUGUAUGUAAUUGCACUUAAAAUUUCAUAUGUACAUUGAUAAGACCGCCUGCCGCUCACUUCGCAGUCCCGCACUGUAAAAAAGUUUUCCGUAAACAAAUAUGUUACUGGCGACAUUUUAGUAAGAUGCGCAUUUAACAUGCAUAUUGUAUGUACCGUUUUCAAUGGGGUCAUCGAGGGCAUUGCCCUAUUACCCUAAAAUACACACUAUCUAUCCAUGUCGGCUGACCAUUCGACGGCAGAUUCUGUGUGUAGGAGUGAGAGAGAGGACGUCCCAGGAUUCUUGUUUGAUUCCGAUUAAUUUGACAGCUGCUCUCAAGGUGUCUUUGUGUGGCCUUCUUGCUGUCCUCGUCGGUGGGAGCAUGUAGCAACGUCACCAUAAAAGAGCGGCUUUGGCAGACCUUCAUUAGCACUGUUUGGGGGUACGGUGGAUGGGAAGCUAUCUUACACUUGAGCUGGAUUCCAAUCAUCUGCACAGCAUUUGUCCCGCACACAUUACAUCCUCAUGCCAUGACAACUGAAAUACUAGUGAACGUGCUCGGUGAUCUAGCACGAAGCCCCCGUCUACGCAUGCCAAAGACUUGUUGGUUUUCCGACUUCACGAGAGGUUGGCUUAAGUCACCCUGGUAUUCCUGAUCGAAAAACCGAUGGGGCAGCGGGCUCGUGGCCCAGUGAUUAGAGGCCUGGACUUCUAAAUAACUAGGUCGUGAGUUCGAGCCUCGGGUGUGCCACACUUCGGGGUGGAGUAUGUCUGACUGACGACCGUUAAUAAGCCAGAAUUGGCCAUUCCAGUCUCCCAUAUCUUUGUCGGUAAUGCCAUUCUGCCUAUAUCAUGCGCCGCUGUGCGGCUGCUGGUUGGGCACAACGGAACGAGUGUUACCCUGCUCUUCCAUUGGUAGAUUUUGUCAUAAAGAUUACAUUAAGAAAUUACUAGGAUCAUCAUGGCCUUCAUCUGUAACCCUCAGAGGUAGUCAUUGAGGCUGAACUAUGUGGGCUAAAUUAUGCCGUCAAUUCCAAUUAACUCAUCGAACUAGUUUAGAAGACCAUCCGUUUUAUUCUCGUGCACAAAGUCACCUCGGGAUCGGCCUGUUACUUGGCGUUGCAAAAAAAUUAAGAAUAAAAGCGUUUUCUGCGAAAACAUGGAAUCAAAUAAAAUUUCCAGUUGAGUAGACGUUGUGCCUCAUAUUCGAAUGCACAAAGGUACCUGACGUUGUUAAAUCUUUGAUUAACUAGGUGGUUUUCGUCUAACCUACCGGUGAUGGGAGGAACGAUGUGCGGUGGGGAAUAAAUGUUUCGGCAUUAAAUCUCGGAUUUGCUCAUCUAAGUCUUGGUUUUCAUCCUUGUUAACUUCCAUGCCUUUCCGCAUUUAGAGCUGCGCUUGUCAAUCAAUAUCCACUUAUUGUGCCUCCGAUCCAUUGAUUAACUUUAUAAGUUGAAACCUGGCGUUGGCGGAAUUUAGGCACUAUCUGUUGCCCUGAACAAGGUUGAGUACAGGAGACCUUCCUCUUGUGAGUGGCGUCCCCUAACUCACGGUGGCAGAUGAUGAUUUGCAUGUAUUUUGUCAAAAUCAUCAGGCCGUUGUCCGACGUGGCAUCUUGUGAUCCUUUUGUGCCUUAACGAAGCGAUGGCACUGUAUUUAACCAGAGGCGGGAGGGGGGGCGUCGGUUCUAUAAACACGAUCGGUAGGAGGUCUUCUUGUACGGUACGGAUAGUCUCCCUACUCUUUCUCAUCUCCUCAAUAGGCGCUGGCCUGGAAGGCGAAACCGAGGAGGAUCAUGAAUUCUAUCCUGAAAAUUCUGACGCGCCAGCCGGAAACUCUCAGUCAACACCGUUUCUGCGACUCGACAUUUUUGAAGAAAUACUCUCCGGCAAACUGUUUCCGCCUGCCAAGUGGAUCUUACCUCUCUUUGCUCUCCGCUUCGAUCUCCUUCCUGCUGAGUUCCGCGCGUUGAACAACAUUCAGGCAGCACCCCCGUCAAGAACAUCCUCCCAGAUGUUAGCGGUUGCCUAUUUGGGUCAGCUUUCCAAAGCAUCUUCAAAGGAGUUUCUCGAGACUAUGCACCUCGGUCUCUUUGUUGGAACGCCGUUUUCCGAACCAUCUCGUUUCUCCCCAAUAACUGGUGGUAUGUUGAAUAAAUAACUGCUACUUCUAAAAUGUUAGUAGUAUAUACAUGUUAAAUAUACCAUAGUUCUUCCACCCCCAGCUGACUUGGCGCUGCACCUCAUGCGUCAUACUGACCCACAGGUGCGUGGGAAUGCGUGCAUCCUGGCUGCAAAUUUGUUGCUAGCAGCCGCACUACGACCCCUUGCCUAUGAAGACACCACCGAAGAGGCGACCCUGGCGGAAAAAGAAAUUGGCCAACUUGAUGCCCUGCUGGGCUGCAUUACGGAUUUGUUAGAAAAGGAAGUAAGUGUGUUGUGACGUUCUUUAUUCAGGCGCGCUUGUUAUAUGAUAUGUCUGUUACAGUUCUCUUAAAGUGUUUAGAAGGGUAACGGUGAGCUUCCAGUUAUUUCAAUCGGCCUCGCCCCAAGCAUUGCCAAAAUGUUUAGGAUAGGCGAGAAGAUUACUCUCUCUGACUGUCCCCGUUCCAUCCCCUAAUGCAACAUCUCUAGGCAGAACAGGAGCUAUAUAGGGGAAACAACCUGUCAGCUACUAGUGACUUAUCACUAGCAAAGUUGUUUCGUGGUUUUGAGUGCACGUUUGACUAGACUUUGGUUGGCGGUAGACAAAUGACGACACUGGAUUCUUAUGGGUGCUGCAACUCCCAACCAGUUCAUUUCCGUGCUUCUUAAGUUAACGUUUCAGGACUUGCUUGGCUGUAGGGGCGGGUGACUCAUAGAAUGUGGCCGUCCGUGGUAAAACAGUGGCUUGUCAUGACCUCGAUCCGAUGCUGCCAUAUGGCUGUCGUGGACAGGGUCCCCCGUGUUGGAGAGGAUAUGGGCGCUGUUCGUGAAGGGAUUGUCCUUCGCAUUUGCCUAUUCCAACCUCUCAUUUUUACUGAGAUGUAUUCACGGGACCUCCUCAGUCUCUGAAGGGGUCCUGUGGUGGCCCCACACUUCGUGCGUCCCCGUUUGGGCGAUCGUCCUCAGAGCCUAGGCCGUCAGCUUUCACGACGACUAGGGUGCGCACUUGGUUUUCAUAGUGUUCAACUGCCCAAGGUCACGCAGUCAUAAUAUUCGCUACUUCGGCAAUGUCAGUUACCUGUCCGUCAUAGUUUGCGCCAGAUCCAACAAACGACCUCAUGUGACUGCGGACCCUUUUGUGAAUUGUCCUCGGGAUAUCAGUAGGCCCUCUUGCUUUGUCUUGGAUAAACUAGCAGUCAGAAAUCCAGAGGAACCCACCUUCACAACAAAAAGAGGCCGAAGUUCUUUGUGCAGGUUAGGACCCUUCACAGGGCCUAAAUGGCUUAUUUUUAACGUCAACAGCCCAGACUAGAUCUUUAGUGGGUGGAACGCUAGUUUUUAGUCCUAAACCGACGGUUUGUGCCUUGUAGUCGACGGCCGUAACUACAGUACGUAGGGAGCGACAGUGACUUGGGCGGGUGUGUGCGCGUGCGUUGCAUUGCAGUUAUGGGAACUUGCACAGCACCAACUUCACUUCCCCACCUUGUUCCAUUGACCAGACCCGCUUAAGACGGUUGGAAGUAGUGUUUUUCGGUGUCUGACCAAGUACUCGCCCCCCCCCCUUGCUCGCGAAGAAGACGUACUGGUCCAGGGAACUGGUCCGUUCCAUCACUCGGCAGCCCUCCGAGCCGGCGCGUUAUGUUGAGUAUGGUGGUAGACGUAUGCGCAGGGCAGAUCCCCUCACACUCACCGUGCACCAAUGACAAGUCUGAGCUGGACCGACCGGCACAGUGUUCGCGCACGCUGGCUUGCCUGAUAAAAGCGCCACCCACGUCCCACUUGCUGCCACCAAUUCUAGCCUCUCCGAUUGCACCACAUGAACAACGGGGCAGCAAAGGCGGGGGGAGGGGGGAGGAGGCGGUGCGUCGAUUGCCGGCUGUAGUAAACAGCUUGGGGGGAGUGCUGCCAGCAAAAAUAAGGACGCCGGAAUGAUCAUUUUGGACCUGAUGCCAGUAGAUGGCAAACCAACACUGACGACCUUGAGCUCUGAAAUCGAGUUAGUUGAUUAUCGGGAAGGGCUCUGAGCUGGAGACCACCAUCGUGUGUCACCUGGCGUGACAGCAUGCUAAACUGAUGCAUGAGGCGGGACCUUCAAAAGCUCAUGCUUUCUUCAUUCGAAACCUGCCUCUUCUUCCUUCUUGCCCGUGUUCCCGUUAUUUUCAGAAAUCAGGCAUCACCUACAGGAUGGGGCUGACGGCUCUGCGCAUCUGUGCCAAUCCUCUGCUUUGCAGUCCUGCCAUGAUACGACUGACUACGCGUCUGCUCACAGCUCUUCCAGGUCUGCUGGUGACCUCUGCACGUCACUCCUACCGUCUUGUCAGGCGUGA